AUGGAGACCCUUAAGGCGGUCUUUUUCGGGCCCGAUCCCCAGGCUCAGAUGAGAAAAUGCAAUCAACUUAUCCGCGCUAAUACCCGCCAAUUAGACCGCGACAUCACGCAGCUCAAGACCCUCGACAGCAAGACACGACAAUUCAUAUUGAAUGCGUCAAGACGAGCGGAGCGGAACCCCUCGCAGGCAAGACAAGCCACCGUCGAAUUGAAGACGUUCGCGCGAGAACUCGUUCGGAUCCGGAAACAAUCCGCCCGUUUGACCACGAGCCGAGCACAGCUUCAGAGUGUCCAGAUGCAGGUGAACGAGGCGUUUUCGGUCCGCAAGAUUCAAGGAAGUCUGAAAAAGUCGACGGGAAUCAUGAAGGAUGUGAACACACUAGUUAAGUUACCAGAAUUAUCCGGAACGAUGCACCAACUCUCCACGGAGUUGGUCCGGGCCGGGAUUAUCGAAGAGAUGGUUGACGAUGCAAUUACCGAUUCUAAUAUGCUUGAAGAGGAGGAGGAGGAAGCCGACGCAGAGGUGGACAAGAUUUUGCAGGAGAUCUUACAAGGAAAACUCUCCCAGGCCCAAAAGCCGGAGAAGCCUCUGGAAGAAGAGCCGGCCGCCGAAGACGUGUUCGAGGACCAGGAAGCUACGCUUGAACAGAUGCGAGGACGAUUGGAAGCUCUGAAGAGCUAA